AUGAUUUUUGCAGCCAUUGGUUCGAUACUUAGUUUUUUAGGGGUAGGACUUUCAGUUUGGUCAUAUUAAGAUUAAGAUUAGAUGUUUGCACAUUGCAGGGCUGGUGAUUAACACCUCUACACGCUUAUCGCUAGCCGAGGAGCCCUGGCGGACACCCUCCUUGCUGCCUCAAACAAGGGAUUUGCAUGAAACGUCUGACUUCCAUGGCUUCUGGAAUCUAUGGACCAGCCACCUGGGUCGAAACUCCCCGUUUCUCGCUAGACAGAUGCCAUCAUUGAGUCCUAUUUGAGGGAGUUAGCCUCUACUCGGGACUGUUGCUGAUCCUGUCCUUUCCAAUGGCUGUUCUGGAGGCAAAAGCCCGAGCCCCACGGAUUAGCUCCAUAGGUCCCGAGUAAAACCUAUCCCCCGACAUACAUAAAGGAUUAGCAACCCUUUCCACCUAAAUCUCCAUCACUGGGCCGUUGCCUGCAGGUGUUGAAGAAAUAGGGCCGAGAGGUCGGAUUGUCUGUCGUCACCAUUUUUAUGCAUAUUUUUUGGUCAUAUAAUCAUCAAGAGAGACCGUACACAAAUGCUGAACUUACACAAAUGGUAAAGCUGAGAAGGACUGAAGGUGGAAAAGCUAGAAAUAGAAAACUUGUAAUCACAGUUGAUGAAAUCCAGAAGAUUGAUCCAACAUUUAGACCUCCUAUAAUCCCUGCUUAUGGAGAGCCAGAUAUUUAA